AUGCCUCCGGCCGAGUCUGUGCUCGCUGUGCCCGCAUCAAACAACGAUGCGAUGGUGCCCAGCCUUGUUCGCGGUGCAAACGUCUUGGUCAUGCCUGUCGACCGCGUCCGCGUCCUAUUGAACGAGGUCCGGACCAUCAAGCAGUCGCUGAAGAAGAAAUGUGAUGAGAUACGGCCCCGAUGCGGCGACUGCCGUCGUUUGAAUCUGCCCUGCCAGUGGUCGUCAGCCGCGAGCGACCCGCACGGCGCUCCGACACCAGACUCGCAUGCGACGGGUUCCUCCAGCUCGGAUCAAACUCAGGUGGAUGAUGCCGAUCCGAUACCAGCCCUCUCGGAAAUCGAUGCUCCUUAUGAUGAUGACGAGUUUAUUGCCACGCUCUUUCCGCACCCACUGCCUGAGCACAACCCCACCUUGCCGGCUUUGCAGUUACAGGCUUCGCCUGUCUCGUCCAAUCCGUAUUUGGCAAGUGAGGAGGAUAGAAGCCUUUUCAAUCACUAUAUUCAUGUUGUUUCGAGGGCGCUUUCGAGGUCGCAUGAUACGGAGCGGAAUCCGUUUCUUGUUACGCUUUUGCCGUUGGCGGCUGUCUCUGAUGCGGUUACUAGUGUUAUUCUGAGUUUGAGUGGGUGCCAUUGGAGGAGAGUGUAUCCGAGUAUUUGGGGGUGUGCGUUGAAGAGGCAAGGAAAGGCUCUAGCACAGGUUAAUACCCUCCUCGGCCGGCCGGAUCGUCAAUGUAUCUUCGAAGCCUGCGCUACAGUUCUGCUUCUGUGUCUUACAGAACUGUUCGAUGGCACCUCGCGAGUCUGGAAAUGGCAUCUCAAAGCUGCAAGCGCAAUCCUCAAAUCUCCCGCCUUCCAGUCGCUCGUCUCGACGGAUGAGUGGACCUUCUGCAUCAGUCUGUUCCACUAUCUAGACUCGAUGUCCACUAUCUCCCGCUGCAAGCCGCCACUCCUGCACAGCGGUGACAGCAUGACCGAACUGACAACCUCGUUCCGAAAAAGCAGCGUUCCCGAGCUGGAGCAUUGUGAAUCUACAGAUGCGAUAUACGGUAUCUCCCCGGCUCUCUUCGAUUUUCUUGGUAUGGUCAAUAUCCUGGCCAACCAUCGCAGUAAGCGGGUCGAUGAGUUAUCCGAGAUUGGCUUCCGAGCGGCAGCGACGCAGGUGGAGGCGCGCAUCGACGAGUGGCGCGCGGAACAUGAUCGAAACGCGGAGGGCCUGGUUGCGACGGAACGCGCGACCGCUGCGUUUGAGUGGGCUAUUCGGUUGCGCCUACAUCAAGUUGUUGAGGGGUAUGAUCCACUUCAUGAUUUUGUGGAGCGGGCCAUUUCGACUAUUCUUGAGGCGGUGCAAGAUGUUCCGUAUGCGAGUCGUGUGGAGGGGUGUCUCUUGUUUCCGCUUGUUAUUGCGGGAUCUAGUAGUAUCAGUAUUGAGCGGCGGAUGGUUGUCAAGGAGCGGUUGAUGGUUAUGGAGAAUACGUUGGGCUUUGGUCAUAUUCAGUAUGCGAGGCAGUUGUUGGAGGCUGUGUGGAAUGGGGCGAAUCGGGCGUCGGAUUUGAACUGGGCGGCUGUACGAUAUAGUCAGUUUCCGGGUGUUGUUUUCGUGUAG